GAUAAACAAACGAAUCUUCACACGCUUUGCUUUUGUUCUGUUGUCGCUAACGCAAAGUUUUUCGUUGAACAUGAUUUUUUGGUUUGGUAUGUAAUGUCAUGGUAUAUUGAGUAGCUGAAUCAGCCUUUAUCUGGUUUGCACAUCACACCUGAGCUCAGCACCCCCAAAACGCCACCAUCAUGUAUGGACUGGAGGACCCAGCGCUGGCGCUGACCUUUCUGGGCACCGCUCUGGUGGGAGUCUGUACGGGCCUCAUCUGCAGCCGACUGAAGCUACUCUACAUCUGGACUCACCCGCCGGACCGUAACAGCACGCGCACCGGCGGUGACCUGGUGGCAGAGGUGCUGGCGAGUCACGGUGUGAAGCACAUCUUUACCCUGGUCGGCGGUCACAUCUCGCCGAUCCUGGUGGCCACCGAGAGGCUCGGAGUGCGGGUGGUGGACACGCGUCACGAGGCGACGGCCGUGUUCGCGGCGGACGCUGUGUCACGCCUGUCGGGAACCGUGGGCGUGGCGGCCGUCACGGCGGGGCCGGGCGUCACGAACACCGUCACGGCCGUGAAGAACGCUCAGCUGGCCGAGUCGCCGCUGUUACUGCUCGGAGGGGCGUCGGCGUCACUGCUGAGUGGCCGCGGGGCGCUGCAGGAUAUCGACCACAUGACGCUGCUCGCCUCAGUCUGCAAACAUCGCGUCUCUGUACGCUGUGUGCGGGACAUUGCGCCGGCUCUGAGGUAUGCGAUACAAAUAGCACAGAGUGACACUCCCGGCCCUGUGUUUGUCGAGCUCCCUAUCGACGUGCUGUACCCAAUCCAUCUAGUUCAGCGCGAGGUGGGUGUCAAGACUGGCAGUGGACCUGUGCAACGUGUCAUCAACUGGUAUCUGCAGAACUACGUGGACAACAUCUUCGCUGGCGCGUGGGAGCCUCGCCCGCUGACACCCCUGCCACCUGCGAUCCCCCUACCGAGCGACUCCGAGGUGCGGCGUGCGGCCGAGCUGCUCCGCGCCGCCCGCCGGCCGCUGCUGCUGCUGGGGAGCAGUGCCACAUCUCCACCGAUCCCCGCUGCCGAUACGCGCCGUCACGUGGAGGCCCUCGGGGUGCCCUGCUAUCUGGCCGGCAUGUCACGUGGCCUGCUGGGUCGUCGUUCUCCGCUGCAGCUGCGACAGGAGCGACGUACUGCGCUACAGGAGGCCGACCUCAUCAUCCUGGCCGGUGCCGUGUGCGACUUCCGUCUCUCCUACGGACGCGCGCUCGGCCGCCGCGCCAAGAUUGUCUCGAUUCACCGAGACCCUCGCCAGGUACGCCUCAAUUCCGAUAUGUUCUGGAAGCCCACUCUGGCAGUCCAGGCCGACGUGGGCUCAUUCAUCCGCGAGCUAUCCGCCGAAAUGGCGGGCCAAGUGCCUGACAAGACAUGGCUGGACAAACUCCGCGCUCGUGAUGACGCCAAGGAAGAGAAAAACGCGGAGAUGGCGCGUCAGCCGACCGCCGAGCAUCUGAACCCGCUGAAGGUGCUGAGCCGGCUGGAGGAACUGCUUCCCCCGGAGGCGCUACUAGUGGUGGACGGUGGAGAUUUCGUGGCCAGCGCCGCGUACGUGCUGCGCCCGCGCGGCCCCCUCGCCUGGCUGGACCCGGGAGCGUUUGGCACGCUCGGCGUUGGUGGAGGGUUUGCGCUGGGUGCGAAGUUGGCUCGGCCUGAGGCCGAGGUUUGGCUGAUAUACGGGGACGGCUCGUGUGGGUACAGUGUGGCAGAGUAUGAUACGUUCACCCGGCACAAGACGCCUGUCAUCGCGCUGGUCGGGAACGACGCCGGUUGGACGCAGAUCGCCCGGGAACAGGUGCCCAUGUUCGGCACGGACGUGGCCUGCCGGCUGGCCCACUGCCGUUACGACACCAUCGCCGAGGGUUACGGCGGCCGGGGCCUGAUGCUCACCAGAGAGCACGAGGAUGCCAUCGACGAGGUGCUCCGGCGCGCCCAGGCGCUGGCCAAGGAGGGCCACAGCGUGCUGGUGAACGCCCUCAUCGGCAGCACCAAGUUCAGGGAAGGCAGCAUCUCUGUCUGAGGUCGUGAAGGAGGUGGACGUCAGACGAGAUGUAGUGGAAGCUCAUGUGGUGCGCUGAGCUCCUUUAGAGGGGUUGGUGCAGAUUGGGAGCGGUGGCGAUUUUUGUGCAAGGGUAAUGCUAUGCGCGUGGAUGAAUUUACAGUCAUUGUAAUGUAGCGCUCAUUGUUAAUUGUAAUCGUGCUGUACCUUUUGGGGCGGUGUUUUAUGUAUAGCUAUAUUUUGAUUAGACGUGCCAGUCAUGCUAUAUAUGCGGUGAAGUGUAUUAGUGUUGUCACGAAUCGGUGCUUAAAUAACCAGUACCCUAAAACAUGGUUAGCUUGCAAAUCGGCUUACCGAAAUGAGGUUGUGAUAAACAAUAUGACUGCUGAAAUUUG